CAGAAAAGUUGAUAAGCCGCGAUAGUAACGAAAUACAAAACGCAAAUGAGAGCAUUUACGUAGAAAACGCGUCUGAACACGCACUUAGGCGUAUGUAGCUUUUAUAACGGGACGAUAAUAUUUCAAAUGCAAUAUCUGAUAAUUUCUUGUACUGCAUAAUGAUACCCCUGGGAGUUUAAGUCUGACCAAGCGAAGUUCAGCUAAGAUGUCACCUGGGUGCCAGGUGGCGGAAAUGCAGGUAAAAUAAAAGAAAAUGAGAGAAAAAGCCGCUCACCCCGCUUUUGUGCGAGGAGGAGCCCUCUCAUACUUCACGCACGUCACCCUUCAUCAUUGCCUUCCUUCCUUCCUGCAAUACACACCAAGGAGAGCUUCGGCUGAAACAAACAGUUUUCAUCCGGACAAAACCCACCAGCUUCUCCCCGUAAAAAGCGCCUUUGGAGCUGGGAGGACGGACGCAGGUUCCUGGUUACAUGUAGUCUGGACCCGAUGGACCAACAUCCAGAGGCAGCCACGCAGACAGAACCGGUGGUGGUUCUUUCUCUGGCCCAGGCAGCCAUACUGGGCCUCAUCUCCCAGAAUGGUGUCUUCGGCGCCACCAUCGCGCCCAAUGGCUUCUAUGUGGGCGGGGCCAAGGAGAGUCCCUCCCACCCUGUGGAUGACGCAGAAUACGAGUACGCCGAUCAGCUGAUCGGGGCCAAUGGGGACUACCUGGACGAGUGCUUGGGCAACGGGAAUCCAUCUCCGCUGGCACGGAGAUGGAGGCCGGGUCCCCAUGUGAAAGGAGAGGGAAUGACAUCCACGCUUUCCACAUGCGUCCAUAGGUUGGUCAAAAGCCCUGCCCUUAGGGAAGGACUCCAACUGGCUGAUCCUACGUACCGUGUGGACCUUCUGAACAAGGACAGGUCAAGAAACAGCCGGCCCAGCUGUCAGAGCAAGGCAAGCGGCCAACAGGCAGGCGCCCAGGUCUCAGAGCGGGACAUGGGCGGCCAGAAGGAAGAAAGGCAUGAUGGGAAGGGUGAGGUCAGGGGUGGGCGGGGGAUCGAGACCAGGGAGGAGGCGGGGAUCUUGAGGUUUGGCCAGGCCUCUCAUGGGUCCGGCAGGGUGGCGCAGGUGGACCGGCUGGACGUCAACGUGCAGAUCGACGAGUCGUACUGCGUGGAUGUGGGCGGCGGCCUCAGGCGCUGGAAGUGCCGCUUGUGCGACAAGUCGUACACCUCCAAGUACAACCUGGUGACACACAUUCUGGGCCACAGCGGCGUGAAGCCACACGGCUGCCCGCACUGCGGCAAGCUCUUCAAGCAGCCGAGCCACCUGCAGACUCACCUGCUGACGCACCAGGGCGCGCGGCCGCACCGCUGUGCCGUCUGCCAGAGGGCCUUCACCCAGACCAGCCACCUGAAGCGUCACAUGCUGCAGCACAGUGAUGUCAAGCCCUACAGCUGCCGUUACUGCGCACGCGGCUUCGCCUACCCCAGCGAGCUGCGGGUGCACGAGGCCAAGCACGCCAGCCACUCCCACUCCGCGGGGCACCGGCCUGUCCACCGGGAGGCCACCUCCCUCCAGUGUUCCCAGUGCCGACGAACCUCUACCUGCCGCAGCCAGCUGCAGGCCCACCUAGCCAAGCACGUGACCAUGCGGCCCUAUGCCUGCUCCGACUGCGGCAGCGAGUUCGCCCAGCUCCACCACCUCAAGCAGCACACGCUGACGCACAAGGUGACCAAAGGGUUCAAAUGUGACGUCUGCUCACGCGAGUUCACGCUGUCCGCCAACCUGAAGAGGCACAUGCUGAUCCACACCAGCGUGCGGCCCUACCAGUGCCACGUCUGCUUCAAGACCUUCGUCCAGAAGCAGACCCUCAAGACCCACAUGAUCGUGCACCUUCCCGUCAAGCCCUUCAAAUGUAAGGUGUGUGGAAAGUCCUUCAACCGCAUGUACAACCUGCUAGGCCACAUGCAUCUCCACGCGGGCAGCAGACCCUUCAAGUGCCCCUACUGCUCCAGCAAGUUCAACCUGAAGGGGAACCUCAGCAGGCACAUGAAGAUCAAGCACGGUGUUAUGGAUGCCACCGCGGAGGUGCUGGGAGAAGAACAGCACCGCCUGCCUGACAGCCUGCACACCACUUCUCUGUGUGCCCCCCGUUCCUGUCGUUUUCAGCACCUGUGAUGUUCCACGUUCCACGUUCCACGUUCCACGUUCCCUGCUAUGCCUUGCUUUCCUGCCCCAGCCAUUAGCUUGUGUGCAUCUGUGUUUUCCUGUCUCAAGGGGACAAAUCGUGAAGAUAAAUUGCAGGAGGGGUUUAUCGGUUUAAAUCGCUUUUUGUGGUUUGCUGGGACAAUGCAGUGCGAUGGGAGCCAGAGGUCUCACAGGCAGAGCUACGCCUAAUGCAUGUGUGUGUGUGCGCAGACAGACCGGGCUGGCAUUACACCCAGGGGGCGCUGUGACUCGCAGCACCCUGAUUGGCCCAGGAAAGCCACAACCCAAAGUGGAUAAAGAUUAGUACCCAAAGUGGAUAAAAAUUAGUUGAAGGUGUGUGGGUGGAGGGACGUUGGGAGAGUGUGUGCACUAAUGGUUGGGAGUUGGAGUUUGCAGCAGAAGAAAAUGAGCUAACUAGCCUUCUGCUGUGUGGCACCUGAAAUUAGCUCCGCCUUGUAACGUUGCUUCACCUUCAGAAGGCCAUGUCUAUGAAGGGACAGGAGAGUCUCACCACCGCUGCUGCUGAAAGCCUCCCCUCAAAGCCAGCCGAGGCUGCGAGACGGAGAAACAGGAGGAUGGUGUGGUGAUGACGAGGAAUGAGAUGACUGAAAGGGAGUCUCCGAAACAUUCCUCCAUGCUCUGCGGUGGCGGUUCUUUUGUCUGUGUUCUGGGCUUCUGCAAUGACGGACCUGGACUGUUUUCAAGGAACAGUGAGAUGUGAAGUAGCGUGACCUGUCUCGGCAGAAUGAGGUCUGCCGCAUGACCUGUGCUUGAGAUCGCGCUUCUGCGGGGUAGGCGCUGACUCAGGCCUGACACCACAGCACUCUCUCCACUCCCCAGCUCCUGCGGACACCCAGCAGAAGAAUAUUUCUUAAUUUUGCUACCGAAGUUCAGCGAGUCCAGCCUCAGUGUGGAUACACGUGUCUUGGGUGCAUCAGUGCGUGUCCUUGUAGUGUUUUGCUGGCCUUGUCUCUGUCGCCUUGUGCGUAUUUCACAUUUAUCGAAUAUCAUGAAUUCCUGAUUUCGGCUGGAUAUUGAAUUACUGUUUUGCUUCCCAGCGUAAUGCGUUUCUGCUCUGCUCUAACUGAGGUGGACUCGCCUGACUAAACAAGCUUUCACAUUCUGACGCAGAGCUGUGUUUUUCCGUGAGGUCCGUUGUUUGAGGUUCAGAUGACACCCAGCUGGUGAGGGGCGGGGUGGGGCAGACAUUUAUAUAACGAUUCCUAGCUGAGUUUCAUAAUAACAGCUUUAGACACAAAACUAGCAUUUCAUUUACAUUGCUUGUUUGAACUGAUGAAGUGUUCAGUUGUAAGAACCUUUUCAGAUUGCUGUCCUCCCCGUGAAGGUGUGCCUGCCUGGACACACUGAUGUGUCAGUCCUGUGAUGCCCCCACCCCCCCCCACUCCUCCUCCAAUAUUUUGGUGGUGAGUGCUGCCCCCUGCUGGAGCAGAACCAAAACAGCUAGAUUCAUGCUGGCCAAAUGUUAAAACAUGUCUCAUGAUACAAACUGUCCCCAGAAAUGGAAAAUUUCUUUAAAGUCUCACACCAUAGGCCCCGGGCAGUAAAUUUAUUUUUUUGAUAAUGAAUGUGUAUGUGCUCAUGGUAGGGAGGCUGCACACAGCCCCACGCAUCACUUCCUGUGACAUCACUUCCUGUGACAUCAAAUAAACCGAUGUGUGGUUGGUGGCGACCCACUGCCCAUCCUUGCAUCACCUA